GUCAUUUGUCAGAUUUAUUCCAGACUUUCGGAAGAAGACUUGCUUCAAAAUUUUUCGGUUUAAUUUUAGUAAAAAAUAAAUAUUUCCAAAUUCUAAAUUGCAAGUUCAAUCAGCCAGCAGCGCACUAUGCCUAUUCUGGGUGCUUCUCAACGUUCAAUGGGUCGCUUUGCUGCACCCGCUGCCAAUGUUGGAGGAUCAACGAUCCUUCCUUUAGGCGGAGGAGGUCUAUCAGCUGCAGAUUCCACAGCAUUGGCAGCGCGUCGUAUUAACCGUAAACGAACCACAAUUCAAACGCGUUCCUCGGCUGGUGCAUUGGGGGGCUUGAGUGGUGUAGGAGGAGGGCCAAAUUAUUCCAACUCUAGGCUGGGCAUGGGCAUGGGCAUGAAUAUCUCUAGCAAUAUGCUGGCGACAUCGACAAUUACAAAGAAGGAACAACCAGCAACAACUAGCAAAUCAGCAGCACAAGUCAACAGAUUUUAUCGCCGAAGUGCAGCAGCAGCAGCAGUCGCCGUUCAAGGAGCCAACUCCUCUGCCACUGUUGCCACCAUUGGUAGCGGCUCUACUACAAAACCGGCGGCAUCGUCUAGUGCAGCACAAGGAGCGGCUGCUGGUAUUGCCCUAACGCCCAUACAAUCCACCACAAAAAAGAGUUCACUGGUGCGUAAAGUUGGUGGCGGAGCCAAAAAUAUCAAUCCCUUAGAUACAAUCAAACGCAGAGUUAAGUUCUCGGCCAAUGUGCAUACGUAUCCAUCGAGUACUAGUACCAAGAAAUCGGCGCGUAUUGGCGAAAUUCAGUUGAAGAAGCGAGUUAAGAAACUCAAGCGUAAUCGUUCUCGUAAAGAGGGCGGAGGAGGCAGUGGCGCUAGUUUAUCCACGGAUAGCCAACACGGUUACAUAUAUAACAUAGACUCAAAGCGGGUGGCUCCAUUGGCACGUGGUAGAAGUGCGUCGACAGGUCUAUCCAGUGGUGGCACAACAACCAACAGCAGUAAGAGAUUGACGAAAUCGUCAACCCAAGCCAAGGCCAAGGCGGCAAUUAGUGAGGCAAGAGUAUCAACAACGACAACAAGCGCCCCGAACAAGAAGCAUCAGCAGCAACGCAUAAAGGCUGGCGGUGUUGGUGGAAGGAUUAGUUCGACUCGAACAGUACGAAGUGUAGCUCUAACCGAAGCGGCGGAGGCUGUAAUUAGUAAAAAAACGGCAAAUCAAUCUUCAGUGGUUGGCCGCGACGCGAAUAAAAGGAAAACGUCAACAGCAGCCCCAACUGGAACUAAAAAAUCAGCUACAUAUUCUCGGCGUAGCAAUGGACAAACCCAAUGAUAACAACAACAAAAAGUCACCGCCAUCGACAACGCCGUCGCCUUCAAAUUCAUCAACACAAAAGCAACGUGGUUGCAAGCGUCGCCUAGAACAACAUAAUGCCCCCGAAACGGUGACCAAAGAUGGUAAUGGCAGCGGUGGAGCAAAAGGAAAA